UUUUUCCUGAAAAAAAUGGCAACAAAAAUUGACGGCAUUGAAGAGGCAGAAAUCUCAAAGAUGGAAGAAGGUGUUGCAACAAACAAAGGCAAUGGCGAUCGUUGGUCAUCAGCUUCAGUUGUGAGCAUCUCACAAAAGUUGAUCGCAGAGGUGAUAGGGACGUACUUCAUUAUAUUUGCUGGGUGUGGGGCAGUUGUAGUGAAUAAAAUAUAUGGAUCGGUCACAUUCCCAGGGAUUUGUGUGACAUGGGGUUUAGUUGUCAUGGUUAUGAUUUAUACAGUCGGCCAUAUUUCUGGGGCUCACUUUAACCCCGCCGUCACCAUUACUCUUGCUAUUUUCCGUCGCUUCCCAUGGUGGCAGGUUCCGUUAUACGUUGUAGCUGAGCUAAUGGGAUCUAUCAUCGCGAGUGGAACGUUAUCUUUAAUGUUUGAUGUAACUCCGAAAGCUUAUUUCGGAACUCUGCCUGUUGGAUCCAACGGUCAAUCUCUAGUUGCCGAAAUCAUCAUCUCCUUCCUCUUGAUGUUUGUUAUUUCAGGCGUCGCCACUGAUAGUAGAGCGAUUGGAGAAUUAGGAGGGUUUGCUGUUGGAAUGACCAUAAUGUUAAACGUCUUCGUUGCCGGGCCCGUUUCUGGAGCUUCGAUGAACCCAGCGAGGAGCUUAGGCCCAGCAAUUGUUAAGCAUGAAUACAGAGGAAUAUGGGUGUAUAUAAUAGGGCCGGUGAUUGGGACUGUUGCAGGAGCAUUUGCUUACAAUUUGGUAAGAUUUACAGAGAAGCCACUUAGUGAAUUGACCAAAACUUCUUCAUCUUUUCUCAAGACCAAUUCAAAAGAAUAA